UCUAACCUAAACUAUGCCUAACUUUACUCGAUGGCCUUUUGCAGUUAAGUCUCGAACAUUCGUGGGCUAGCAUUUAUUACUUCCGUGGGUAGCGUGUGGUCCAUGAUAGAUCCAAAUGUCUCUGAUGUUGUUCAAGUUGGUGAGAGGUGUCAUAUACACGUGUAGUGAUCUUGUUCUCUCCCUUUCUAUCUCUUAUUUUACGUCGUUUUCCUCUCGUUUUCGCUUUCUAUUCAUAUCACUAAUUUCCUGUUUUUAUGAGGCAUUCCUCUUUUUCUUUUUGCCUCUCUCUGCAGCAGAAGGACAGAAGAGAAAAGAAAGAACAGAAUAACAUCGAAGUGAGAUGAACACUGAUGGCGAUGACUUCGACGCCUUACUUUCAACCCUCGGAUACGGACGAUGGCAAGUUCCCGGCGUGGUCGUUACAUUAUUAGUGGCGUCGCAAAUCCCCGCUCAGCUGGUAGGCUCCCCUCUCCUGAGUGGUCCGAUGCCGUUCCGCUGUUCUCGUGACAAUGAAGUGGAAUUCACGGAGCCUAGUAGCACAGCAUACUUCAACAACGAGUGCUUGUCUCCGGCCAGCCCCCCGCCCGGCGCCGCCCGACCGCUGCCGCCCAAUAGCACUGAGCUUUUUCCUUCUAACGGGACCCAACCCCUGAGAACGGGCAUGGAGUCAUGUCCAGUGAUAGAAUAUGACACGUCUAUAUUUACGUCAACUAUCAUUUCCGAAUUCCACCUGGUGUGCGAGCGGGAGAGCCUGCAGCCGCUCUUCCAGAUGAUGUAUACUGUUGGGAUCAUAUUCGGGAGUCUCUUUGGAGGAUACAUUGGCGACAAAUGGGGUCGUCGCCGGGCCGUGCAGGGCGGGGUGGUCGUCUACAUCGCGGUGGUGCUCGCGAUGGCCCUCGUGCCGUCGUUCGUGUUCGUUCUGGUCAUGCGCGUGAUGGCUGGCGUCACGCACCAGUGCAUGCUCAUUCCCGUUUGGAGUCUUGCGCUCGAGUCGUGCCCCACCCGCCACCGCAGCCUCGUCGGGAUGCUCCUCGGCCUCCCGUACUCGCUCUUCGUGAUGGUGCUGGCGGGCGUCGGCUACUUCGUCCGGACGUGGAAGUACCUCAUGCUGGUGUGUUGCGCCCCGACCCUCGCCCUGCUGCCGCUCUCCUUCAUAAUGGACGAAUCAGCAAGGUGGCUAAUUCAACAAGAAAGACGAGAAGAAGCCAAGAAAGUGCUGAGGAAAGCAGUGAGGCAAAACAAGGCUAAACUUCCCGUACCUUUGGAAACAAUCAUUGGGAAUCUGGACCAGAGUGAAUGCAUUGCCGACGACAACCAGUCUGCAGUGCGGAAUUCUCUCGAAGAAGCGUGGCAGUACCUGCGUUCCCCUGCCAUGAGGACCAUCAUUCUCGUUACGCCAGUUCUUUGGUUUCUCCAGAGUUGCCUCUAUCUCGCAGUCGCCAUCAACGCCAACAACUUUAAUAGCUCAAGCCCUUUCCUGUACGUGUGUCUGAGCGGCGCGAUGGAUGCGUCCGCCAUCCUCCUGGUCACGCCCCUGACGGCUCGCCUCGGCAGACGUGUCAUCGUGGGCGGCGGCCUCUUCGUGGGCGGCAUCUUCUUCCUGCUCGAUCUACUCGUCCCAAUCGACUACUUUGGCCAAGUCGAUCUGGUCAUGGGCGGCCAUUCCUUGUAA